ACAUUUAUAGACCAACUCAGGCUUGGAUGUUGGCGAUAGCGUCGUCGAGCUUGUCGUUCUCCCCAGCCACCCUUGGAUAUCACGGGGUCGACUGCUACAGCAAGGGUGUGGACAAGGCUCAACCCCGCAAUUCUUUUCAAUCAGAGAAAAAGAAAGAAGUGCUCAUCCUUGGAUUAUCGUCUUUUUCGAUGAGCGAAAGAGGGACCGACGACUGAGAGCUCGACAGCUCCGCCAAUGAAAUGCAGUGCUUAUGUGCCUUCCUGCCUUACUUCUCGUCUGCGGGCGGUGAGACACUUCGAGCGCUGUUUUCCUGCAGGAUGUCGAGAUGAAACCAGAAGCCCACCCCGCCUCCAAUGGCACGGGUGCAAAUGUGUUCGAAGGCUGCGCCGCGAACUUGCCUCCUCACAGCGGUCCCUUCCUCGAUGUUUUGAGAGUCGCUUGCGUGCAGAUAGAUCCUGCUAUUUCAGGGAAGGCAAAAGAAAAUGCAAAAUUGGUCGAGGAGCUCUUGCUUCAAGCAGGCAUUGACCAUCCAGGACAAGUAGACCUGCUAGUGCUACCUGAAAUGGGCUUGACCGGCUACAUCUUCCAAGACGAAAAGGAUAUUCAAGAUGUUCUGGAAUCGGUAAGAGCUUCCCGCGAUGCAGGCGAGGAUGAGACGGAGACAUGUCCAACACUGCACCUCGCACAAAAGCUAGCCAGCUCUUUGCAAUGCUACGUCCUCGCGGGUUUCCCCGAAAACGCGCACCAUGCUAGUCCGCGCGUUGCCAUCGAUCGCUCUCCCAUCUCGUCGUCGUCGCUGUGCAUACCACCAUGCGAUUCUCGGACGCACGACCUGAUUCCUACCGACCGCAAGCGAACCGACUUGUACAAUUCCGCAGUGCUUGCGGACCGCACGGGCAAUCUCAUCCACGUAUUCCGGAAACACUUCUUGUUUGACGACGACAAGCGGUGGGCGGAAGAAUCUCCAGGCUUCGAAUACGUCAAUCUCCCAGAUCUGGGACGGCUCGCCGUAGGGAUCUGUAUGGACCUCAACCCUUACGAAUUCAAGGCGCCGUUCGAAGCCUUUGAGCUUAGCCGUUUCGCUGCCCAACAUCGGGCCGACAUCCUAGCUGUGCCGAUGAACUGGCUCCUGCCUACUGAAGAGAUAGAGCCAGAGCUACAAGUCUCCGCGUCAGCGAAUUCACACGCGAAUCCGCUCUUGCCCAGCGUAUCCACUAUCAAUUACUGGGCAUGGCGAUGUGCGCCACUAUGCGAACCUAAUGGAGAGGGUGCAGUAGGACAUCAAACCGUCGUCAUUGCUGCAAACAGAUGCGGGAAAGAAAAAGGAAAGACAUUCGCGGGUAGUUCAAGCAUCUUUGCAAUGGAGAACGGGCAGCAGCCGGAGCUGCUCGGCUUUCUUGGGCGGCGACAAGAAGGUGUGCUUGUUCGCAAAGUUUAUCGCAAAAGACAAUAAGGACGGCUGUCCAGCCCCUAAGCGCUCUUCUACAACCUACGCUAGUAACGCGUGUUAAUGAGCAUAAUCGCUGAAAUUGGAGAGAGCAGGCAUGGUGAACUAUGUCUUUUGAAAGAAAACACGCGGCACCGAUGCUCAUUCAAGUCGUUUUCGGCGACCUCGCAAGUGCCUCUUAUGUAAUUUGGCUGCUCAAUGGUAGAGAUAGUAACCUUGCAGGGAC